GCCUGGAUUUGGUAUUGCGGCGGCGGCGUCGGUGGUGGAGGAGGAGGAGAUGCGCCGCGGCGUGUUUGGAGAAAACCUAGCCCUAAUCCGGUGCGUGGAAUUUUAUUGGUGAAAUUGGUUUACAAGUCCUCCUGUUUCGAGGUAAUUAUGAAACCGCCCCUGCCUUCGGAAGCCGGGAUGGAUUAUUACACGCAGGCUUGUAAGGCGCUCUGCAAGCGGUCUCCUUUCGAUUUGGAGGACCCACAGCCGUCUACAGCCCCGCCUACACUCCCUAGAGGACUGGCUCAGCUGCUGUGGAAGCACUCUGACAGUAGGAAGAGGCAGAAGAAGUCUCAUCUGGGUUCUGAAACCAAGUCUUCGCGGCAAAAAAAGGCUCGUGGCUCUGGCUUUUGGGCCGAGAUGGAAGAUUACCUUCGAGAGUUAACUGUGAAUGAUGUAGAAAGACUUUGCCAGCUUCCUUCUUUCCAACCUUCUAAGAACGAGAAGUUCUUUUCAAUACCUUCAUUUAACAAAGUGGGUAAUGUUGAUGCAAGUGUAGCGAUUCCCAAUCCCGUUGCUUCAAAUAGUGAGGUAUCAGAUAAAAAAGAUCAUGUACCUGAAGAAAAUGAGGAGCAACUAAUGGAUGGUGGUAGCGCAGGGACUGCAGAAUCACCUAAACCUAUAAUAAAAUUAGAGAAGGUUCGUCUUCCUUUUAGUAGCAUAGAGUGGCUUCUAGGUUCUAGGACAAAGAUAUAUCUCACCACAGAGAGACCCAAUAAGAAACGAAAGCUAUUGGGUGGGGAAGCUGGGUUGGAGAAACUUCUUGUUGCUCAGCCAGUAGAAGGGUCAACUUCUCUGUGUCACUAUUGCAGUGGUGGUGACAUGGGUGAUACUUUGAACCGCUUGAUUGUUUGUGGUUCAUGUAGAAUGGCUGUUCAUCAGAGAUGUUACGGGGUGCAGGAUGAUGUUGAUGGAUCUUGGAUAUGUUCCUGGUGCAAACAAAAGAAUCAAAUACUAAGUAGUGAGAAACAAUGCCUUCUUUGUCCCAAGAAAGGUGGAGCACUGAAACCUUCUCGAAUAGGGGGUCAGGGAUGUCAGGAGCAUUUUGCUGCUGAGUUUGCUCACCUGUUUUGUUGUCAGUGGAUACCUGAGGUUUAUGUCGAGGACACGAGGACGAUGGAACCUGUAGUGAACAUUGAUGGCAUUAAAGAAACUCGAAGGAAGUUAAUUUGUUACUUGUGUAAGGUGAAAUAUGGGGCCUGUGUGCGGUGUAGUAAUGGAGCUUGCAGAACAUCUUUUCAUCCUAUAUGUGCAAGGGAGGCACGCCACAGAAUGGAAAUCUGGGGAAAACUGGGUUGUGAAGAUGUGGAGUUGCGUGCAUUUUGCUCAAAGCAUUCUGAUGUCCACACGAAUGGUAAGUUUGAGCAAAAUGGUGACAAAUCUGUACGCCUACCCGGUGUUUCUUGUUCCAAUGAUACCACUCAAAUGACUGUGUCAACAACAAAUAAACCUAAAAAAUUAAAACUUACCCAACGUAAUGGUGAUAAUGGGACAAGCGAAAUCAAAGAUACAGACUUGGAUCAAGAAAAAUUGAAUAGUGAUGCGCCUCAUGAAGAAAGGAUGUUGAGUAGUGUAUCAAAUUUCAAAUGUCGAACUGGCCAUGGUGACACAGUGCCCCAUAUUUGUAAGGAUUUAUCGGAUGUAGGCAUAAAUGAAGAUGGCAAUGCCACUGAUCCUUCGAUUGUUACCAUUAGGUUGAAGAAGUUAAUUGAUCGGGGAAAAGUUGAUGUGGAUUAUCUAGCUUCAGAGAUGGGUGUUUCCUCUGAUUCAUUGGCCUCAAUGCUCAAUGAUGAUUGCAUCGUCAGUGAUCUGCAUUGCAAAGUGGCUAAGUGGCUCAGGACUCGUUCCACCACAGGGAAUGUGCCGAAGACUUUGAGACUUAAAAUCAAACCAACAUCUGCUACAAAGACUGGGAUUGGUUUUCCAGAUAACACUGAUUCUGCUAAAGUAACAGAACCUGUAACUUCUGCUACCAUUCCUUUUAAGACUGUUGCACCUCAUAGACGAACCAAAAACAAUAUUGUGACUGUUAAGGAUGUCAAAAGGUGUGAUGAAGUCAAAACUCAUCAGCUUGGUGACCUAGAUUCAAGUUUGACAAGAGACCCUCUAUGUUCCAAUAUUCCAAAGAUUGCUUUUGUCUGUGCAUCAUCAGAUACCCCUGCCAACAAGCCACACAAAGAUGAAGUUGUGCAAUCAACUGCUCUGGUCAAUGGGCAUUCUUAUGAGGGCACAACUAUGAAUCAAAGUGCUGUCCUGAAUGUUGAUGCAAGGAUGUCGAGAUCUAUUUCUCUGAACAGUGUAGCUGAUGCCAUGAAUCUUGAAAAAUGUGCACUUUACAUUCACCCGCUUAUUGUACAAAAAUUAAAUGACUUGGGAGAAGCAAUCAGUUCUGAAAGUGCUACACAUGAAUUUGAUGGAUCGGGACAAGGAGGAUUAUUUCGGUCUGAAGCUUCCUUUAGUUCUGGGAUCUGUUGCAAUGAUGAAAAUAGAUUGUCAAUUUCUGGUGAUAUGGCUUACAAAUACAACGGGACAAGUCUAGAACACUUUGCCAAAUCAGGGAAUAUGGGUCUCUCAAAAAUGUCACCCAUGGAUGAAGUGGAAGGAGAGAUUGUUUUUUACCAGCACAAGCUAUUGGCUGAUGCUGCAGAAAAAAAAUCCUUCACUGAUACUUUGAUCGGAAAAGUUGCAAGAAGUCUCCAAGCAGAGAUGGAUGCUGCUAGAAAGCAAGAAUGGGACACUGUUUUAGUUACCAAAUAUCUUUAUGAACUUAGAGAGGCAAAAAAACAGGGAAGGAAAGAACGACGGCACAAAGAAGCUCAGGCUGUUUUGGCUGCUGCAACUGCUGCUGCUGCCGCUUCUUCUAGAAUGUCAUCAUUGAGGAAAGAUAAUCUUGAAGAGUCCAUGCAUCAGGAGGACACAUCAAAGUUUACUACUUCCAAUCAUAUGUCCCAGCAGAAUCCUCAUCCAAAAGACUCGCUAUCUAGGUCAAGUUGUGUGCAGGUCUCAUCUGAAAGGAUAUCUGAAUCCCUCCAGCCGGGCUCAGAUUUUUCCAAAGACCAUCCUAGAACUUGUGACGUUUGUGGACGGCCUGAGACAAUUCUAAAUUCGAUACUUGUUUGUUCUGGAUGUAAGGUUUCUGUGCACUUGGACUGCUAUUGCAGUGUCAGAAAGUCAGCGGGCUCAUGGCAUUGUGAACUAUGUGAUGAUAGAUCGUCGCGUGGGGGAUUGGGAACUCCAGCAGCUGAUUUAGGGGAGAAGGAGAAACCAUAUUUUCUUGCAGAAUGUGGGCUAUGUGGUGGUACUACCGGUGCUUUUAGAAAGUCAACUGAUGGUCAAUGGGUGCAUGCUCUAUGUGUUGAAUGGGUGUUGGGUUCUAAAGUUAGAAUGGGGCAAGUGGAUUCAAUUGAUGGAAUGGCAUUAGGGCACAAGGGGAACGAUGUUUGCCUAAUUUGCCAGCGUAAACAUGGUGUAUGCAUCAAGUGUAGCCAUGGUCACUGUCGGAGCACCUUCCAUCCUUAUUGUGCUAGGAGUGCAGGCUUAUUCAUGACUGUAAAAACAGUGGGUGGGAAGCUGCUGCACAAAGCUUACUGUGCCAGACAUAGCAUGGACCAGAGACUAAAGGCUGAAACACAAAAACUUGGGUCAGAUGAGUUACAACGUCUAAGGCACAUUAGGGUUGACUUGGAGAAAAUACGCUUGCUUUGUGAAAGAAUAAUAAAAAGAGAAAAAUUGAAACGUGAAAUGGUGUUUUGUUCCCAUGAGGUUCUUGCCUCCAGGAGAGAAACAGUUGCUUUAUCUGCCCUUUCUCGCCACUCUUUCUCUCAAAGUUCGGAUUCAGCAACUACCACAUCCAUGAGAGGAUACACAGAUGGAUGUAGAUCUGGCAGUGAAACCGUCCAGAGGUCAGAUGAUAUCACUGUUGACAGUGCAAUUGCUGGUAAAAGACGGGGCAAGUUCCCUGUAUGGAUGGAUAAGGACCAAAAGACUGAUGAUAGCCCUACGUCUCCUAUCUUCUUGACACACAAACAAACAGAGAGAAUAACCUCGGCUGGAAAGCAGAUUCCGUUGAGACAUAUUUCAGCAAGGAACCCUCUAGAGGACGAGGAUAAGCGGCUGAGUUACAGAAAGCACGUGGAAAGUUUUCAAAAAGAGAUGGUAAUGACAUCUGAUCAAGCGUCUAUGAAGAACCAGCGAUUACCAAAAGGGUAUGUCUAUGUUCCCCUCCAACGCCUUUCAAAGGAUGCUGUUCCAGACACAUGUCCUCAGGAACCACCACCCCAUGGAACAUGACAAUGGGUAAAUUUAAUAUCCUUCCUGCUUACACCCAAUGAGUAGGGCACCCAUCUCUUGUGGGGCAUGUGGGACCAUCAUCGGGGAAAAGAAGAAGCUGGAAUGGUCCGUUGCCCACUCUGCAUUCUAUCUAUACACCAAUGAUGGUUGUUCCGGUAAUAUUCUUGUAUCAAUUAUUAUUCAUAUUUACGAGCUCAGUAUUACCCCAUGCCAAGGAGUGCACGAACUCACCAAGAUUGAGUUUAAUUGUGUGGAAUGCAGCAACAGCAGCAGCAGCAGGUAAUUUGUGUACACCAGUUAGAAAGGUUGUAAAGCCCACAAUGUGUAUAUAUACGCACAAUGCUAACUUACAGUCAAAUCAAUUAGUGCAAAAAUCAGAUCGUAGAUCUGUAACUUAUUUAUUUUUAAUUUAAGUUUGUGAUCACGGUUGAUUGAGUUUUUGCUUUCUUGUGUAUCGUGCAUGUAGAGCACCACAACACUAUUAGAAUUGAGAGUGUGCCAUCAACUUAUUGUGUAAGAAGAGAAGUUAGAAACCGUGUGAUUAUGUACUCUGGAAUGUGAAACAACCACAUAUGAAUAGUUUCUACUUGUUGGACUCACUCCUUUCAAUGUGGGUAUGUUUUUACUCUCCAAGGGCAUUGCUUUUGCUGCUCAAGUUGAUGGUUCUUAGAGGGAGGUGGCUUUUGAAGCUCUAUACUCGCUUUGAAGCAGCCCUUGUCGACGCAAUCCAAAAGGCGAAAUCGUUCCCCCGGGUGCCCCGCACCCGUCUACCAUUUGUCGUACCAAGAAUGUAACGUUAUGAUCAAACGUUACAUUCUUGGUGUGACAAAUGGUAGAGGGCAACCUUCGAAAGUAAAUAUAAUUAUACCCUUGCAUUAGCUAAUGAGUGUUU